CUGAGGUUAGCGGAGAAGACGCGAGCUGCUUCCGCCCGCGUCGCUCUUUUCCGCGCGUGCGCACUGCAAGGGGGCAAAGAAUCUUUUGAUGUUGAGCCGCGCGGUUCGCCUGGGGUCGCGUCCUUUGGGGUUUCGUGGUUCAAGCCAAGCGGGGAAAUCGUCUCGUGCCAUGGAUCUGACGCACCUUCGGAAAGACUACAGGGGGGACGAUGAGGUGAGGGAGCAGCAUUAAACCCCAGAACGUGUUUUUGCACUGCAGCGUUUCGGGGCCAGGGAAUGCUGAAGGACAGAGUGCCUCUGAGCUUGUGCAGAGUGCGCGGCGUUUCUCGGGCCAGCGCUUAGCCUCGCAGUUUGCCUUUCGAUCCGAAAAGAAUCGUAGCGUAGUAAUAAAGGUGUUGUUUCUGAGCAUAUACAGAGUGGCUGAGCAUAUAUAGAGACGCUCACUUGUCUUAACACAAACAGAUGCUGGAGGUAUAAGAGAGUUGUGGAAAAAUAGAUGCCCACUAUCUAUUACAUAAUGGUCUGAGGGCCUCACUACCCAGUUUGCAUUUGAUCUAACGUAUUUCAUAUAGAUCUAACAUAUUUCAUAUAGGCGUCAAUUUCAGGUGGAUGUCUAUGUGGACAUCUAAAGGGUUUACGUUUAAAUUUGUAUACUGAUGGUUACUUUACCUACCUGCAUUGUAGUCUUAUCAUUAUUGGCAUAUUAUUAUUUGCCGUUUCUAUUUUUUCCUCUUCUCUUUAUUUUUUCAAUUUUCUUUCAUCUUUCCUUUUCCUUCUCACUAAAUUUGCAAGUAAACUAAUAAUAGAAUCUCCUUGAUGUUUGAAGCUGUGAACAAGAGAUUAGAUCAAAUUGAAAUUGCAUUUAGAAUCCCUUUGAAAUCACUGGGGCUUACAUUAGUCAUGGCUUCACAUCUAAUUUAGGCUGGAACCCACCCAAGGCAUCCAAAGCAUAUAUUAAGAGACAAGGUAGAGAGCUUUUGCUUCAAAUUGAGCACUAUGAGACUGGGUCCAAAAGCUUGGGUGGGUGUGUCAAUUGAUAGAUGCAGGCAGGUUUGGAGGAAAGGGUCAGGUGAUGAUUAUGGAACCAUGAAGGCUGGGAGGAUGAUGGAACAAUUGGGGAAUAUCAAAAGGAGGGAAGGGGAAAUGGAAAGGGUUGGUGAGUUUACAAGAACACAAUAGGUGGUGGAGAAGCAGUAGGAUAUGACACACUGACCACAUUUUGGAAAUGAGAAGUGAUAGAUGUGUGACUGAAAGGGGAGAAGAACUGGCGUCAAACGGUGUAGCCACCUGCUAAAAAUGUGGGUGUUUUUUGUUCCCAUCCCAGGCCUUUGAGGAGAAACAUCUGACCUCCCUUAACCCUAUUAAGCAGUUCUCUGUAUGGUUUGAAGAAGCUAUGAAGUGCCCAUCUAUUGGGGAAGUCAAUGCCAUGUGCUUAGCCACCUGUACUAGGUAGGAAUCAUUGCCUGAUGGCUUGUAUUCUUGUUGCUUUAUGGGUUUGGGGGACCCAGGGCCAAAGUAGAGAAGAAAUAUUUGCCUAUCUACAAGCUGUGUUUAUCCCUUCCUAGAGAUGGACGGCCUUCUGCUCGGAUGCUGCUUUUGAAGGGGUUUAGCCAGGAAGGCUUUCGCUUCUUCACUAACCAUGAGAGCCGGAAAGGAAGAGAGCUGGUGAGUGCUACUUGUACAGAAAGAUUAUCGGAGAAAAGUUGAACCUUUGUAAACUGGCACCUCAGAUUUACUUCUGUGGAGCUGACAGUUUGAAUCCAGGCUUCUUAUUUUUUAAGUGAAACAGCAACAAUCCUUUAGGAUAUCUACAUUUUGUGACCAAUAUCAAUUAUGCAAAGUUAGGAAAGUUGCAAAUAUUUGCCUAUUCUGCUUCCAUUUUGCUGUGGGGACAUACAUAAGCACCUAUGCAAGCUACUGAGGGGGAAUUGGAAGUCUCAUAGAAGCUAUCUAUGGCGUCUCAGAUUUUGCCAGCUCAGCAACAGGUGACCCUGAGCUAAACUGGGCCAGCCAAAGGGUUAUGAGUACAAAUUCCUCUUCCUUCUGCAAAUAGACAAUUCAAGCAGCAAGGAGCAGAGAGAGAAGCUGACUGAAAAAAAAGUACGACAAAAAACUCUUCAGUCCAUAUCAUCCUUGCCUUCUAGCUUAGGGAAUCCAGGUGUCUCUGUGUAGACACCAUAUGUUUAAAGCACUUUCCCCCACCCCCAAAGAAUGCAGGGAACACUACCUCUCACACAGCUACAAUUCCCCACAAACUACAGUUCCCAUGAUUCUUUGUGGGAAGUCACAUGCUCUGAAUAUAUUAUAUGUACACAGCCUUAGUCAGCGGACAUGGCAACUUUCUUUUCACUGUUGCUUUUCUCACCAUUUGCAGGAUUCAAACCCAUUUGCUUCAAUGGUCUUCUACUGGGAGCCCCUCAAUCGCCAGGUAAACUGUCUUCUCUGCAUCUACUGAAAAGAAGUCCUGUAGUCAAACUGGAAACCUCUGUAAUACAUGGGGUGGGUGACAUGGUAAGAGGAGCUUUGGUGAACUUUUGUCCUGGCUGCUCCUUUUCAUUUUCCCAGUUGCUGCUUAUAUGUGCUGAGUCUUACUGUAUGCAGCCAGGUCUUGAGCAGAUGGACAAGGGCAUGAUCUUGCUACAGCUGGAGGCUCUUCCUCUUUGGCCUGUUCUGUGGAAGAUGCUGAACUCUGAUCUCAAGUAUGGAAGGGACUGAAGUGUCGGUACUUGAGUUUGCUUCAGCUCUUCUUGUAUCUCGUGAAAAUGAAAUCAUCCCUUUGGAACAGCUCGGAGGGAGUAUUGUAGUUAUCCUCUCUGGUUUGUAGCAAGUCUGCAUUUUGGAACCAGAAACUGCUAUUCAUUGCCGUGUGUCUUGUUCUUUCAGCCACCUCCUCCUUACUGUCUUUCAGCUCCCUUUCCCAGCUCAGAGAGCCACCAACACAAGCAGGGCACCUUAAAAUGUGGCCAUGGGAAAGACUCCCAUAGAGACUAGAAGUCGUGUGCUUUCCCUCUCUGUGUCCAUAGAGAGGCCAUAGAGUCUGUGGGGUGUGAGCUUACUGUUCCUCCUCCCUCAAGAUCUAAUGAUAGACAGCUGUUCCCGCCACUGCAAGGCAAGAAGCAACAUGCUAGAUGGAACAAGGCCAUGGGCCACAUCUGGGCCACAGGCAUCCAGAGGUGUAGAGUGGGAGAAAAGAACUUUUAAUUCAUCAUAUUUGGUUUCAUGGACAAUAGACCAAAAAAAUGGCGUGGAAUGGGAAAGUUUGGAAUGAGCCUGUUUUUAACUUGGCAAUUUGAUGGGUUUAAGAAGUAAGAGGGAGUGUUUGCCUAUGCAAGAUUAAGUAGGUGGAAGGAGAAGAGACUUUUUUUGAGCAGUACUUCACACAGAAAACAAGCAAAUCAGAAGAGUUGGAAUUGUCCAAUUAAGUUUUAAAAAUUAAGUUUUCCGUCUCCACCCCCUUCUCUUUUCUCAGUUAAUUCCACCAUAUUGGAGAGGAGCUUGGGGUAACUAUGAUUUGAACUGCACAGCAAAGCCCCCUUACUAGCACACCCUCACUCUGGUCUUGUGCUUCACAUGCUUUGAACUGAAUUGCUUGCAGGUACGGAUUGAGGGCCCUGUAGAGAAGCUUUCUGAGGAGGAAUCGGAGAAGUACUUCUAUACGCGUCCAAAGAGCAGCCAGAUCGGGGCUGUAGUGAGUCGUCAAAGCACGGUGAUUGCGGACAGAGAGGUGAGGAGCUGCAGGGUUGGGGCUGCCCUUUCUUGAACCAGCGUUGGGGGUGGGGAAACAGUGUUGAAAUAUGCCUUUUCAUGGUAAGCUGGAGAGCCUGGGUGUACAUUGUCAGACGUGGUAACAAAAAUAUUAAUCUGUAAACUGGUAUCAAAACUUCCUUAACAUAGAGGGUUCUCAAGGUGGACUGCUUGUCAUCAGGGAUAUUGAAGAACAAUUGCAAACAUGGUUCUGCACAAAAGUUGAAAGCUCCUCCACAACACAGGCAUUCUGUAGUACAGGGGUGGGGAAUGUCUGGCCCCUGGGCUUCAUCAUUUGACUUGCCGGGCCAUUUCAGCUGAUAUUUCAUAUGAUGUUGGAUAAUGAUAGGGCUCAGCCAGAAGGCUCUCUGAUGGCAGUGCCUCUAUACCCCCUGUGCAAAGCGCUGUGCAAGCCAUGCUUUAAGAGCAGCUUCCAAAGACCCCUGCAGUCAAAAAAGCUCAGGCAAUUCACAAAUGGGCAGCUCAAAUUUGGUGCGGGAGAUGGGCUAGAAAGGUUCCCCAACUCUGCUACAGUAGAUAUCCAGUGUGUUACGACUUAUUGUAGUUGAGCUUGAGUUCUUAACAGCCAUUUUUAACACAAAUAACUUUUAGAUUUGUCUGUAAUAGGUAUGGGGGUAUAGGUGUUUGAGUUUCUUUUUUGGGGGGAGUGUCUGAGCAUCACCAGCCUUUCUUCUGUGAAAUGGGUUUUUUUUUGGUGGCCGUGGCAGUUCCUUAGAAUCCACAUGUUGUGGAUUCCUGGCAUAUAUCAUUACAGGUUACCUUGCAGAUCAUUUGGCUGGAAGGUGGGAUAUAAAACUUUUAAAUAAAUUUGUAAUAAAUACAUCUUUAUUGGUUUAAAAUACAAUCUAACAAUAAAGGUAAGUACAAUGAAGUACAACACCCAUCCAGGCACAGAAAAGAAAAAAAGGAAAAGAAAAAGAAUUCUCUACAUCAAAAAGUACUAAAAGUUUAAAAGUAACAAGAAAAGAAAAUGAAAAUAGCAAUUAAAAGUAUCAGAUAUUUAUGCAACAUCAUUUCUUAUCCAAUAAUGUCUUCUGUGAAAAGCUUCCAAUCAUUCCCCAUAUACUUUUUCUAUUAAAACUUUUAAAUAAAUUAAUAGUCUAGUCCUAACACCACCCAUUAUCCACUGAGCUUGUCCCUUGGCAUCCCUUCCCUCCAGUUCUCAGCAAACAACAUGCUCAUUAGCCAUCCUUACAAAGUGCAGAUUAUCUGCAAGCCUCUCUAUAUCCCCAAAUCACCUAGUAGAUUGGAGUUAUUACCAAGCUCCCAGGUAGUUUCCUUUUGAUGAAAAGCUUCACAGCCCUUUUCCUCUUUUUGUUAGUAUUUAAGGAAGAAAAAUGCCGAGCUGGAAGAGGUGUACCGAGAGGCUAAGGUGCCUAAGCCAGCAUAUUGGUGAGUCAGGCCUUGGUGUGCAUUCUGGCCGUUUGGUUUUCUGUAUAUUGUUCCCCCUCUCUCAGUUGUUAUCAGCCAUAGAUCCAGGACGUUGUUUUCAGAAACUUGUGAUCUUUUUUACAGUGGUGGAUUGGGCUGGUUGGAAUAAACUCAAGCCAAAGGAAAUUGAGGAGUGUGGUGUUGUGGCAAACACCACAGCAGGGAUUAGUAAAGGUAAAGGGACCCCUGACCAUUAGGUCCAGUUGUGGCCGACUCUGGGGUUGUGGCGCUCAUCUCGCUUUAUUGGCCAAGGGAGCCGGCGUACAGCUUCCGGGUCAUGUGGCCAGCAUGACUAAGCCACUUCUGGCAAACCAGAGCAGCGCACGGAAACGCCGUUUACCUUCCCGCCAGAGCGGUACCUAUUUAUCUACUUGCACUUUGACGUGCUUUCGAACUGCUAGGUGGGCAGGAGCAGGGACCGAGCAACAGGAACUCACCCCGUCGCGGGGAUUCAAACCGCCGACCUUCUGAUCAGCAAGUCCUAGGCUCUGUGGUUUUAACCCACAGCGCCACCCACAUCCCUCUACAUACAGCAGGGAUUAGAGAGUAGCUAAACCUCUUGAUUUAUUUCCGCACCCCAUGAGGUUUGUUUAUAUAGCUCACACAGCCCUAUUACCAAUUGGCGAGUUGGUGCUUUGUUGUUUUAGGGUUCUUUCUUUCAGUCUUUUUAUCUCUCUCUCUCUUUUAUCCCCUCCAGGGGAGGCUACAUUUUGAAACCAAAAGUCAUAGAGUUCUGGCAGGGCCAGACAAACCGUUUGCAUGACCGCAUUGUUUUCCGGUACCUCCAAGACAGCAGUGCACCCUUGAAACCUAUGACCCACAGAGGAGAGGACAACUGGAUCUAUGAGAGGCUGUCUCCUUGAGAAGCUUUUAGAGUUCACCCUCUCUCUUUUUUAAGUGCCAAAUUCUUUGUUCCCCCACUUGCCUCUCAGACAGAGCACCCAAAGAACCACUGGACAAAGUCAUAGACUGGGGAGACCUGGAAUUGAAAUCCUUGCAGUGCUGUUCAAUCAGCUGCUAACUCUCAGCCUAGCCUACCUUACAAGGUACUGGUGAGGAUAAAGUGGUGGUAAUCUCUGUGUAAACCAUUGGAAGAAAGGCAGGUUGAAGCAGCCUAAACAUUCUUGCGGAGAAGGGCAGUGCAAACUUGUAGCAUGGGCUUCCUCCUACACAGAAAGCACAAUCCCGACCGUUCUCUUUUAAUUUUGAAAUUGUUCUUUUUUAUUUUGGGGCCCGCUAGCAGCACUGGUUCCUACAAUCCCUGAGAUCAGUGUCCUUGAUUAUUUUGUGUGUUUGUCCAUUCCACCAGCAAUCUCGCUCUUGCAUAUGCACUAAGCAUGGUCAUUUUUGAGACUAUGUCACAUUAAGGAAGCACAAAUCUCUCCGUCUCUCAAACUGCAAGCAUUUAUUCUGAUCUAGAGAAGGACCUGACCCAGCAAGCCACUGUUUCAGGAUGUUACCUGUUUGACUAGCAAUCUCACGAGAUCUGGACAACAGAUGCAUAGGAAACAGGGAAAUAAGUUGGCAUACAUAUAUCCUCAAGCAUGGUCUGCACUUUAUUUAGCCUCAGUAAUUUUCCUUGUAAUUGGGUUGCAACCUGGGUGAGGCCCUCAUGGAUCUCUGAGCCCUGUUAAAAGGUACCUGCCAAAUAAUAAUAAUAAUAAUAAUUUUAUUAUUUACACCCCACCCAUCUGGCUGGGUUGCCACAACCAUUCUGGGCUACUUCCAACACAUAUAAAAACAUACUAAAACAUCAAACAUUCAAAACUUCCCAGUACAGGGCUGCCUUCAGAUGUCUUCUAAAAGUUUAAUCUCCUGUUGCUUAUCUCAUAUAUUUGGGCCCUGGAGGUAACAAUAUUUAUGUUCAGGGUAUGACUGCGCUACAUAUUUUUAAACUAUUCACACAUUUAGCUAACAUUUCUCCCAAAGCAUAAAACCUUGGGGAUUUUCAAUCCCCUAAUGCUAUACUUUCCAGAGUUUUGAGGUGCUGGUGGGAGAUUAUUAAUUACCUGCCCUUCAGCCUAAGGUCACAGGGCAAGUUACAACAUUAGAACACAAUAUUAAAAGCAGUUUAAAACAACUUCUUGACUUUUUCAGACUGGUUUAAUGCUGUGGCUAGCAGAUAUAUCUGUGUGGUUCUGCAUUAGAAUGGAGCAGAUAGGUUUAGUUCAGUUUCUAUAAAUUCACUAUAUCAGGCAUGAUUAGAAGAGGCUUGCGCUCUGUUGAAGAGGACCCGGAUUCUGAAACCAACAAAAAUGAAAAUUGGGAGGUCUGUUAAAUGGGCAACCAAGAUGGAGUUGGAAGAGACCUCCCAAAUCGUCCAGUCCAGUGUGUCCAGUGCAGAAAAUGCAGUAAAACAACAUAGGCACACAUAUGUGGAUUCUGGUGCAAGGGCUGGGAGUGGUGGAAGGGGGAUAGACCAGCACUUAUUAGAUGCUUGUGAAAUUACAACCAAGGGUGUGCAAGGACUAUAAGUUCAGGAUCUUAAAGGGGUGGGGCUGUGGUAACACAUACUUUGCAUGCAGAUUCUAGAUUCAGUCCGGCUGAAAUUGCAGAGAGCUGCUUUCAGUCAGCGUGGACAGUACUGAGCAAGAUGGGCUAAUGAUCUGAAUUUGUAUAAGGCAGUUUCCUAUGUCCCCAUGAACUAGAAAGGCUUAAUGGGGGGGAAGACAGGUGGAUGUUCUGUUCUGUCUUCCCUUCCUUUUUGCUUCUGAUUUCACUGCCCCCACAUAUUUUCUGACCUUCAAUCUAUAAAAGCUAGGAACUCUUUAAAACAAAAAAGGCCUGAGAUACUUGGGAUGUGGAAAUCUGACCUGGAUAUCAGAUUCCAUGCUUACCUGACAGUCCCUGGGACAAUCAAAGAGUUUGGGUCCAAAGUUGAUCUUCCAUUUAUUUAAAGAGGGAGGUGAUUUCCACCAAGCUUUUGCAACUGCAGCCCUUCCACUUCACUUGCCAGGCCUCCCUAAUCCAUAGCAGAUGGCUGUAUGGUGGGAAAGAGGCAGGAAAUCCCCGUUUCAGUAACAUUCAUUUUGAGGAACUCCUGUUCCUGCCUUGAGGUGUUAUCUCCCAGUGUGACAACUUACAUGCGCUUUGUGGUCCUUCCGUAGACGAAACUGGAAGUGCAAUAGUAAAUACAUUAGUCACUGAUCCUAAUGGGUCAGAGAUGUGCUUUGGUGUGUGUGUGUGUGUGUGUGUGUGUGUGUGUGGUGCUCUGUUAAUGUUCUUUGUGAAAGUCUUAAAAGUACUGGAUAUUGUCCUGAUAAUACCUGUUGUUGCUCUGUCUGGGCAGUCCAGCGUCUAUAAGUGCUGCUGUGUACCAACUUUUGAGUCUGUGCCUAUGUACAUUUGGACAAUAAAAGUUCAGCCUAGUGAAUGAUAGUUGAAGGUGAAUGUGGAUUAAUAUUAACUUCUGUCCUGUUCCCUCCCACAAAAA